AACUGGCACUGUGGGACCAUUCUAACACCACACACAGCUUCUACCAAUUGAAAAUCAAACACUACCAACAACAAUAGCUUCUGGUUUCGUCAAUCUUCUCUCUGUGUUCUUCUUCUGGUUCUGUCUCAGCCAACGAAACAAGAUGGGAAUUGCAGUGGGAGCUGUUGAUUUGCUCAGUGAAAAAGCAGCCAUCAUGAGAGAGUCCUUGCAGAAGAGCCAAACCAUCACAGACAACGUUGUCACCAUCCUCGGUUCCUUUGACCACCGUCUCUCUGCUCUUGAAACCGCCAUGCGUCCAACCCAGAUUAGAACUCAUUCCAUUAGGAAAGCUCAUGAGAAUAUUGACAAGACUUUGAAGGCUGCUGAGGUUAUAUUGGCUCACUUUGAUCAAUAUCGCCAGGCAGAGACCACAAUACUUAAAGGGCCACAUGAAGACCUGGAAAACUAUCUUGAAGCAAUUGCUACGUUGAGAAGCAACAUCAAAUUUUUUGGCAGUAAGAAGAGUUUUAAGAGCAGUGAUGCUGUUGCCAGCCAUGCUAAUAGUUUGCUAGCUAAAGCUGUUGCUAAACUAGAGGAUGAGUUUAAGCAGUUAUUAUUAUCUUACAGCAAACCCGUGGAACCUGAGCGCCUCUUUGAUUGCCUCCCAAACUCAAUGCGGCCUUCGUCAGGGUCACCUGGCCAUGAGGGUGAUCCUAGUGCCAAGAAUCCUUCUAAUCACCAUUCUCAUUCUGAAAAUAAUGCUGAUGCUGUUGUAUACACGCCUCCUGCUCUUAUACCACCAAGAAUUUUGCCAUUGCUACAUGAUUUAGCUCAGCAAAUGAUUGAAGCUGGUCAUCGACAACAGUUACUCAAAAUAUACAAAGAUGCCCGUUCUAAUGUAUUGGAAGAAAGCCUCCAAAAACUUGGAGUUGAGAAACUCAACAAAGAUGAUGUUCAAAAGCUACAAUGGGAGAUUUUGGAAGCCAAAAUUGGAAACUGGAUUCACUUCAUGCGAAUAGCAGUGAAAUUGCUAUUUGCUGGUGAGAGGAAAGUUUGUGAUCAGAUAUUUGAAGGCUUCGAUGCACUCAGUGAACAGUGUUUUGCAGAGGUUACUACAAACAGUGUCUCUAUGCUACUUAGCUUCGGAGAAGCAAUAGCCAAAAGCAAGAGAUCCCCAGAAAAGUUAUUUGUACUUUUGGACAUGUAUGAAAUAAUGCAAGAGCUCCACUCCGAGAUUGAAACCCUUUUUAAAGGUAUAGCUUGCACUGAAAUAAAAGAUGCUGCAAUGAGUUUGACAAAACGACUUGCACAAACUGCCCAAGAAACCUUUGGAGAUUUUGAGGAAGCAGUUGAGAAAGAUGCUACAAAGACUGCAGUUACAGAUGGAACUGUCCAUCCUUUGACAAGCUAUGUUAUUAACUACGUGAAGUUUUUAUUUGACUACCGGUCCACCUUGAAGCAACUCUUCCAAGAAAUUGAAGGCGGAGAUGAUUCUUCCCAGCUAGCAUCGGUAACAAUGAGAAUAAUGCAAGCUUUGCAAAUCAAUCUAGAUGGUAAAUCAAAGCAGUAUAGAGACCAGGCAUUGACACAUCUUUUUCUCAUGAACAAUAUUCAUUAUAUUGUCAGAUCAGUUCGGAGGUCUGAAGCGAAGGAUUUGCUAGGGGAUGAUUGGGUACAACGGCACAGAAGGGUUGUGCAACAGCAUGCUAAUCAAUACAAAAGAAAUGCUUGGGCGAAGAUUCUUCAGUGCCUAUCUAUUCAGGGCCUUACCUCAUCAGGUGGUGGGAGUGGUGCUGGUGGUGGUGAUGGUGGUGGAACUGGAAAUAGUAGCGGUGCUUCUAGAGCAAUUGUUAAAGACAAGCUAAAGCAAUUCAAUGUCAUGUUUGAGGAACUCCAUCAGAAACAAUCUCAGUGGACAGUUCCCGACUCCGAGUUACGAGAGUCUCUUAGGCUUGCAGUUGCUGAAGUCUUGUUGCCCGCAUAUAGGUCAUUUGUGAAACGUUUUGGGGCGCUAGUGGAGACAGGAAAGAAUCCUCAGAAGUACAUCAAAUACACAGCUGAUGAUCUAGAUCGAAUGUUGGGAGAAUUUUUUGAAGGAAAAAACAUGAGCGAAACGAAGCGGUAAACAAAUAUUUACAAGGUAGUUGGGUAUUGGGUAUUGCACCAUCUUUGAUAAGAGUGUGAAUGUUUUUGCAUUCUUAGAUUUCAUGUAUAGUUCCUUUGAUUUCCAUUUUCUUGAGUGAGGUGUUAGUCUCCAAACCAUGUGUAUCUAGUGUUUACUUAAGAGCAUCCACAUUUUUCUGAAGCGUAACUAUUUAUACAAGUGAAUAUAAUUAUAUGAAAUUUUACUCAUCUUGAGGGCUAUUAUAUAUGUUAAGGGAUUGGUGUAAUACCCUCUCGUCAAAUUUA